AAGCCAUUCAUCCCCGCUUCCCAUGCGAUUUCAAUAGUCAUCUCCACUACUCGGUCCUCGUCCUCUCUCAUUCUCUCGAAUAAAUGGCGCUUCGGAGAACGCUGGCGAAGCGCCUCCUUAACAUAACCAGAACUCCAUCGCCGGCCGGUACUCUAGAACACUCUCCCAUCUCCUCUCCCUCAUUCCAAAAUCUAGUCCCUUCCAAUGCAGUCAAAACGAAUUUUCAUGACGACUUUCUGGACUCCUCCGACAGCGGGUUUUUCCGGCGUUUCCUUCAGCGCCGAGCGUUGAAUCAGCUUGCUAGGUUCCCGGAACUUCUCUCCGUGCCUGUCGGAGACAAGCUGAGAGAGAAGCUGAGAGGCUUGAACGGUACAGGUGAACGUCUCCGGCUUGACGGACUGAGUCCACCGGCGCCGGCGAUGAGAGAUUCUCUGGACGGAAUAUCUGUUGAAGAUGCUAGAAAGCUGCUGAAGGUGUCGCAGGUGGAGAAGCUGAAGUGGACGCUGAGACAGAUCCCGAAGAACUCUAUUCCGUAUUCGGAGUUCAUCCAGAUCUGCGUUGAAGUUUGUUCGAACAAGGAUCAAGGUGCAGAGUUUGCCAAGAUGUUGGAUGAGUCCGGGAGUGUCAUCGUUCUAGGGAACAUCGUGUUUCUGCGGCCGGAGCAGGUGGCCAAGUCCAUGGAGACCCUCAUCUCUCAAUCAAUAGCCACCCCGAAUGACCCAAGAAGAGAAGAACUAGAGCAGAUGGAGAAGCAGAAGAGCGUAAUCGACCAAAAAGCCAAGACUCUGGUCCAAGGAGAACUCUACUGUGGGCUGGGCUUCCUGGUUCUCCAGACACUGGGCUUCAUGAGGCUCACCUUCUGGGAACUGAGUUGGGAUGUGAUGGAGCCCAUCUGCUUCUUCGUGACCUCGCUCCACUUUGCCGGCGCCUAUGCCUUUUUCCUCAGAACCUCCAAAGAACCGUCGUUCGAGGGGUACUUCCAGCGCCGAUUCAAGGCCAAGCAAAAGCAGUUGAUGAAGACCCACAACUUUGACUUGGAAAAGUACAACAACCUCUGCAGAGCCUUCUAUCCUAACUACUACUCACCCAACUCAGACCAUUUUCCCCCCUCUGAUCUUGCAGAGGGAGCUUUUUUUGGUGCUCUGCACCGUUGAAUAGGUCUCUAACUCAUUCUCAAGAAAUAAAGUUAAUACAGCCAAUACAAACCCUUUUUAUGAUCAAUAAGACUGGCCAUCAAUUCAGCCUGUGAUGAAUUGAGUAAUUUUCCAUGGAUUGAGCUCAACAUGAGAUCCAACCCAUUGACGACUACUCCAAAGAUCACUUUUUUAAGGUGAAGGGAGCGUGAUCCCUUGGCAUUAUAGCAGGUGAAUUAGGCAAGUGCUGGUCUUCAUUAAGAUGACAAGUAAUGGACUUAGAGCAGCAGUGGUGGAUGAUGGACGGGUUAUCGCCCUCUAAAAGGCUUCCUCUUUUGCGAAUAGGAAGAGUUGAAUGUAUAAGUUUGUAAAUAUUAGUGGAAACAGGCGUUUUAAUCAUUAAUAGCCUGGACUCAGACGAGAUGUUUUUAGAAAA